ACUACACAUUUGGACUCGAUGAGACCAGCGGGAUCAUGUCUGUGAAAGCUCUCACCUGCAGACUCUUGUUUCGUUCGUUAAAAUGCACGAUCGUCGCUUCAAGUAGAAACCAGCGGGCCCGACAUGCUGCAGCUGCUCUGCCGGGACGGAGCUCCUCCACCCGGGGGUACUACAACACGGCGAAGCCCAGGUACCCCGGACCGGGCGGAGAGCCCCACGCCCGGGUGGUGGACCUCCGCAGCGACACGGUGACCAAGCCCGGGCCGGCGAUGCGACAGGCCAUGGCGGAGGCCGAGGUCGGAGAUGAUGUGAUGGGAGAGGAUCCCACAGUUAAUGAGCUACAAAAAAUCGCAGCGGACAUGUUUGGGAUGGAGGCCGCGCUCUUCGUCCCCACUGGAACCAUGAGUAACCUCAUCGCAGUGAUGGUGCACUGUCGAGAGCGAGGCGACGAGAUGAUUGUGGGCGAUGUGUCGCACAUACACAUCUAUGAGCAAGGAGGAAGUGCACAGCUGGCCGGUGUCCACGCCACCACGGUGACCACACUCCCCGAUGGAUCGUUUGAUUUGAUGCAGCUGGAAUCGAAGAUCCGCCACGGUUACCCUGACCCCCACUACCCUCGCACACGCCUCAUCUGUGUGGAGAACACACACAACAUCCAGGGAGGACGUGUGCUGCCUCUGACCUUCUUGCAGGAGGUUCGUGCUUUAGCGGACAGAUACGAUCUGUCGGUUCACAUGGACGGAGCCAGGGUGAUGAACGCCGCUGCGGCCCAGGGGGUGCCUCCACACACCAUACUGCAGCACACACACACUGUCAGUGUGUGCCUCUCCAAGGGUUUGGGUGCCCCUGUGGGUACCAUGCUGGCCGGACCCAAAGACUUCAUCGCCCGAGCGUUGCGGUGCCGUAAGGCUCUGGGUGGGGGGAUGCGCCAGGCCGGUGUACUAGCAGCAGCUGGAAAAGUGUCUUUACUGGAUAUGGUGGCACGACUGGAGGAGGAUCACCGCAACGCAAGAACCUUCGCUCAAGCUCUGCUCGACUUUGACCCUCUGUUUGCCGUUGACAUGGCGACCGUGGAGACAAACAUCCUGCGUUUCUAUAUGAAGGAGCCCACUUUGAGUCCCGCUGAGUUCUGCGCCCGCAUGGUCCAGGUCGGCGAGGGAGAGGAGGCUGCACUGGGACAAGGGGUACAAGUUCUCAUGUACCCUCAUUUUGAAAACUCGGUCCGGGCUGUGUGGCAUCUAGGGAUCUCCCCUGAAGAUACCCAGCUGGCCAUCCAGAAAAUGCAAUUUGUUGCCUCUCAGCACUUGAAGGAGAAAGGCAGGGACCAGUGAAACCUGAUGUUUGAUUUAAGGUGGAAUAAAUAAGACUGAUCAUAGAAAUGUAAUCUAGGAAAAGACUUGAGGACAUUAAAACUACUGAAGUCACUUUGGAUCAUGGACCUCUUUAUAUCCAUAGUUAUUUUUAGCGAUUUUCUAAUUGCUCUGCAUUAAAUUGAACAAACUUG